GCGGGCGCGGGCUCUGGGAGUCGAGCGGCCCUCACUUCCUGCCUCCUGCCGUGGAGACGGAGACCGGUUGGUUGUGCGUCGGCGGCGGCACAGACACACCGGCCCCGGGACAGCGAUAGCAGCGACAGCGACUCUCCGACAUGGGGCGGGAAUCCAGGCAUUACAGGAAGCGAUCUGCAUCCAGAGGCCGUUCUGGAAGUCGCUCCAGAAGCCGUUCACCUGCUGAGAAACGGUCUAAGCCUGGGGACACCCGAGGUCGCUCGCGGAGCAGGGAGCGCGAUCGGAGAAGGGAUCGCUCUCGCAGCCGAGAUAGGAGACGGUCACGGUCACGGGAACGGAAAAGGCUCAGAACACCACAGAGAUGCAGAAUGUCAGUGGUCAUUUCAAAGCGAUCUCGUAGCCGAGAGAGGAGAAGGUCUCGCAGUCGAGAGAAACGCCGUUCGCUGAGCAGAGGUAGAAACCGUCGCUCACACUCUCAGCCACGCUCCCGGAGCCGCAGUAAGAGCAAAGAGAGAAGAUCAAAAUCCAAAGACCGUGUAGAAGCUAACAAUGAGGCUGUGAAAGAAAAGAAAAAGGAGGAGAAAGAUGAUGACAAAGAUGUCAGUAAUUUUGAACAGAGCAAAUUAGAGGAAGAAAUGAGAAAACGGAAAGAGCGUGUUGAAAAAUGGAGGGAAGAACAACGCAAAAAAGUUGUGGAGAACAUUGGUGAAAUAAAGAGAGAACUUGAGGAGAUGAAGCAGGGCAAAAAAUGGAGUCUCGAGGAUGAUGAUGAUGAUGAAGAUGAAAUCAUUGAAGGUGAAAAGAAAGAAGAAGCAGAUGUCGACAAUGAGGAAUUGGACCCGUUAGAUGCUUACAUGGAAGAUAUAAAGGAUGAAGUGAAGAAAUUUAACAUUGGAAGUGUAAAAGGAGGAAGUGAAAAGAAGUCAGGUGCAACUGUAAUGAAAGUCAUGACUGUCUUAACCACCAAAAAGCCACAUUCAGAAAUGGAGAAAAAGAAAGGAGAGCUGAUGGAGAAUGACCAGGAUGCAAUGGAGUAUUCUUCAGAAGAAGAGGAAGUUGAUCUUCAGACUGCACUAACAGGAUAUCAGACCAAACAGAGGAAACUACUGGAACCUGUGGAUCAUGGGAAAAUAGAAUAUGAACCCUUUCGAAAGAACUUUUACGUUGAGGUUCCUGAACUUGCGAAGAUGACUGCCGAAGACGUAAGUGCCUACAGGUUGGAGUUGGAGGGAAUUGCCGUACGUGGCAAAGGUUGCCCAAAACCUAUUAAAUCAUGGGCACAGUGUGGAAUCUCCAUGAAAAUAUUAGGCUCCUUGAAAAGACAAGCAUAUGAGAAACCAACACCAAUCCAAUCACAAGCAAUCCCUGCCAUUAUGUGUGGACGUGAUUUGAUUGGAAUUGCCAAAACUGGAAGUGGAAAGACUAUUGCUUUUCUUUUACCUAUGUUUCGACACAUCAUGGAUCAGAGGGCACUUGAUGAAGCAGAAGGCCCAGUUGCAUUGAUCUCAACUCCAACCCGUGAGUUAGCCCUUCAGAUUACCAAGGAGUGCAAGAAGUUCUCAAAAGCUCUCGGUCUAAGGGCAGUGUGUGUUUACGGUGGGACCGGAAUAAGUGAACAGAUCGCAGAAUUAAAACGAGGAGCGGAAAUUAUAGUAUGUACACCAGGCCGCAUGAUAGACAUGCUGGCAGCCAAUAACGGCCGUGUGACAAAUUUUCGGCGAGUUACCUAUGUUGUACUUGAUGAAGCAGAUCGAAUGUUUGAUAUGGGCUUUGAGCCACAGGUAAUGCGGCUCGUGGAAAACAUUCGACCAGACCGACAAACAGUUAUGUUUUCUGCUACAUUUCCCAGGGCUAUGGAGGCCCUGGCACGACGAAUACUAACAAAACCCAUUGAAGUGCAAGUGGGUAGUAGAAGUGUGGUUUGCUCCGAUGUUGAGCAACAUGUGGUUGUCAUAGAGGAAGAAAGUAAGUUUUUGAAGCUGUUGGAACUUUUAGGCCGUUAUCAAGAAACUGGUUCUGUAAUAGUGUUUGUGGACAAGCAGGAGCAUGCUGAUGGUUUACUGAAGGAUUUGUUGAGAGCAGCCUACGCUUGUCUGUCCUUGCAUGGCGGUAUCGAUCAAUAUGAUCGCGACAGUAUAAUCAACGAUUUCAAGACUGGGGUGUGCCGCUUGCUUGUGGCCACUUCAGUGGCAGCGCGAGGAUUAGAUGUGAAACAAAUGAUUCUUGUUAUUAACUACAGUUGCCCGAAUCACUACGAGGAUUAUGUACAUCGAGUUGGGCGCACUGGAAGAGCUGGUAACAAAGGGUUUGCAUAUACAUUCAUCACUGAGGAACAAUCUCGAUAUGCAGGUGAUAUAAUUAAAGCAUUAGAAUUAUCAGGAAAUUCUGUUCCACCCGAGCUGGAAAAGCUAUGGACUGAUUUCAAAGAACAGCAAAAGGCAGAAGGAAAGACGAUAAAGAAGUCUAGUGGCUUCUCCGGGAAGGGGUUUAAAUUUGAUGAGACCGAACAGGUCCUGGCUAACGAAAGAAAGAAACUACAGAAAGCAGCUCUAGGUUUGCAGGAUUCUGAUGAUGAGGACACUGCGGUUGAUAUUGAUGAGCAAAUUGAGAGCAUGUUCAAUUCCAAGAAGCGGGUAAAAGAUAUGGCCAUGCCAGGAUCUUCUAACACCCCGGUGCCAUCUGCUGGCAAUGCAGAGAAGCUGGAGAUUGCCAAGCGGUUGGCAUUGAAGAUCAAUGCCCAGAAGAACCUUGGUGCAGAAGCACAGGAUGUAAUGCAGCAGGCCACAAACGCUAUAAUGAGGGGGCGGACUCUCCAGGCGCCGACCGUCUCUGCUAAAACAAUUGCCGAGCAGAAAGCAGAAAAGAUCAACGCCAAGCUCAACUACGUGCCAGCAGAAAAACAAGAAGACGAGAAACCAGAAAAUGCACAAACAGAAUCAUUCAAAAGAUAUGAAGAAGAGCUUGAGAUAAAUGACUUUCCACAGACGGCCAGGUGGAAGGUCACCUCCAAAGAAGCCCUGCAGCGGAUCAGUGAAUAUUCAGAAGCUGCCAUCACCAUUAGAGGCACUUACUUCCCUCCAGGAAAAGAGCCAAAAGAAGGAGAACGGAAAAUAUACCUUGCGAUUGAAAGUGCGAGUGAAUUGGCUGUUCAGAAAGCUAAAGCUGAGAUUACAAGACUUAUUAAAGAAGAACUCAUCAGACUGCAAAAUUCAUACCAGCCAACGAACCGUGGCCGAUACAAGGUUUUGUAGGAAUCCUGUAAAAUGUAUGUUACACGUAUACAAAUUGAUUUUAACGUAGUUUAUUAUUGUGCUUUCAUUGAUUUAUUCUCUCCAUAAUGUUAAAAUUACAAUACAUUUGAAUUUUUUAUUUUUUUUUGCUAUUCUACACAAUCUGUAGAAUUUGUGAAUUUCUGGAAACUGUGGUUCUACAGUAAUAGUUUUCUGAUGUUAGAUUUUCCCUAAAACCAACUUAUUGUAAGUGGACAAAAAGUACUUAUGCUUUUGAAGUGUAAAAAAAUGUUGCAUUUUGUAUCCUUGGAUUACAGAAAUGUCAAGAAAGUCAAAUAAAAUGAAUAUUAUGUUUAA